AUAUUACGAUAUAAAUAUGUUGGAGACACUGACAAAUCCUCCUGAGGACGUUGUCACCAAUGUAACCUUUGCUGAGAAGUCGAAUCUUCUCGCAGUCUCAUCAUGGGAUAAGACUUUGAGACUUUAUAAUGUGGAUUCUUCCGAAAAUGGAAAGCUCGUUCACAAAUGUGAAUGGUCUGCUCCAGUUAUGGACUGUAUUUUCCUUGAAGACGACAAAAAGGUAGCCUUUGGAGAUUUAAAUAAAAAUCUUAACCUCCUUGACAUUGAAACUGGCGCAGUUGUAACAGUAGGAAGACAUAACGCUCCUGUUAGAACAGUUCGAUUCAAUUCUCAGCUAAAAUCUCUGGUAUCUGGUGGCUGGGACAAGAGGAUUAAGGUCUUUGAUUUGCGCAGUACAAACUUGAAACCUACCGCCGACGUAGAAAUCUAUGGCAAGGCAUACUGCAUGGAUAUGAUAAAUAACACUCUAGUUGUUGGUGAUUCAAUGAAAAGGGUUUAUAUAUAUGAUUUAUCCAGAGGUUUAAGUGGCUUCUCUACACCAGAUACAAAAGACGGCAUUUUAAAGUUUCAAUAUCGCUAUUUACGCUGCUUCCCAGAUGAAAAGGGAUUUGCUUUGAGCUCAAUAGAAGGCAGGGUAGCUUGGGAAUAUUUUUCAAAAGACCCAGAAGUAGUAUCGCAGCAAUAUGCCUUUAAAUGCCAUAGGAACAAAACCUCCUCAGAAAAUGAUGUUGCAUAUGCCGUAAACACCAUAGAUUUCCAUCCACAAUAUGGUACGUUUGUAACUGGAGGAGCUGAUGGUCUCGUUUGUGCAUGGGAUGGAUUUAGUCGGAAAAGACUCUGGAAGAGUGUUACAUUUGAUACGUCUGUUGCUUCUGUUUCAUUUAAUUCUACUGGAGACAAACUUGCAAUUGCAGUUUCAGAUGUUUUCCAGCUAAAUCCUAGUCAGAGUGCAACUACGAAUAUUUGUAUUAGAGAAAUAAAACCAGAUGAAUGUAAACCACGAAAAUUCAAGUAG